AUGGCCGACAACCAGGCCCCUCCCCAAGAUUCAGCCAGCCAGGGUCGUGGCGGGCGUCGCCGCGGCCGCGGAGGGGCAGCUCCCGCCGGUCGUGGAGACUCUCAACGAAAUACCGGCGAUGGCGAACGACGUGCUAAGCCUCGCACCCGCGGCGGAGGUCGUGGCGCUGGCGAUGCCGGCCGACAAACUCGCACCGAUCAGACCAGCACUAAGGAUACACAACCUUCGGAACCUGCGGCGACGCCCACGAUAAAAAAACAGGUAGAGGUGGCCACCGAUGAUGCGGAUGAUGGAGAAGUCUGCUUUAUUUGCGCUUCUCGGGUCGAACAUACCUCCGUCUCGCCUUGCAAUCAUCGGACGUGUCACAUUUGUGCGCUUCGAUUGCGGGCAUUGUACAAAAAUAAGGCUUGCGCGCAUUGCAGGACCGAAUCGAAUUUCGUGGUCUUCACAGAUGACCCAGUGCGGCGAUAUGAGGAUUUCCAGAAGAAGGACUUCGCUCGGACGGAUGAAAAUCUUGGAAUUGAAUAUGAGAAUGACGAGAUCUUUGGAGAUACAGUGUUGUUAUUGCGAUACAACUGUCCCGACCAGGACUGCGAUGUUGCCUGUUUGGGAUGGCCAGACUUGCACCGUCAUGUCUUCACCCACGAGCAUGAACUGUUCACAAUGGCGGAGCUACGGAAACAUGAGAAGUCUGGCGAUGACAAGCCUGGAGCCAUAGAUCAGAGUGGUUUCAAGGGACACCCCGAAUGUGGGUUCUGUCGUCAGAGGUUCUAUGGCGACGACGAGCUGUACGCCCACUGUCGCGAUAGACACGAACGUUGCCAUAUCUGUGACCGCCGCUCUUCUCACCGUCAACAGCAAUACUACAUCGACUACAACGCACUUGAAAAGCACUUCCAAAAGGAUCAUUUCUUCUGCCUGGAUAAGGAAUGCUUGGAGAAAAAGUUUGUGGUCUUUGAGACACAAAUGGACUUGAAGGCACAUCAGCUCGAGGCACAUCCCGAAGGGCUUUCUAAGGACGUUCGACGAGACGCGAGAAUGGUUGAUCUGGCUGAGUUCGAUAAUAUGCGCACUCCUUACCAACAGCAACGCCAACGUCGCGGUGCCGGCCGAGGACGUGAUCCGAAUUCUGAGCCAAUUCCAAUGUCCAGUGCACAGCCAAUGACCCGUGCUGAAGUUGCAUACCAGCGGCAGAUGGCUAUCCAGAGUUCUCAAUCCGUCUCAACCCGCAACUUCGGCGGCCAACUCACUCGAGACGAUGUCCAACCCGUGCGUGCCCCAGAGCGAUCUGCCGCUGCCACUCCAGCGCAGUCCGCGCGCACUCAACCUCUCCCUUCCGCGGCAUUCGAAGGCCUCAGCAUUUCCGCCAAUUCAGCCUCCACCCCACAAGACCAGACCCGUCGAUUGCGCCACCAGGCAGUUGUUGAGCGCGCCUCGAACCUUCUCCACAAUGAAACCACCAAACUCGCCGAAUUCCGCAGCAGGGUAUCGAGCUACCGCAGCUCAACAAUCACCGCAACCGAGCUAAUCGAUGCCUUCUUCUCAUUGUUCGACACAUCCAGCGCCGAGCUGGGCAAACUCAUCAAAGAGCUUGCCGAAAUCUACGAAGACGAAAGCAAACGCUCCGGUCUCCUCCAAUCCUGGAACGACUGGCGUGCCAUCAACGAGGAUUAUCCAGCCCUCCCAGGACCCGGCGGCCUCCUACCGGGAAUGUCACCCGGCACCGCCAACACCGGCGGCCAGCGCGUCCUCCGCCUAAAGUCAUCCACCGCCCGAUCCUCCCGUUCCGCCGUUGGCAGAAGCGGCGCCCUCCCAACCGCCCCCUCCAACCCCUUCCCUCCCCUCUCCGCCGCAGUAGGCUCCUCAUCCCGUCGUGGCCAAGCUGCCGCUUCUACCCCCUGGGCAUCAACAGCCCCGCCACCAUCCUUCUCUCGCCCGUCCAUCCCAAGCCCCGUCAGCCGCCCGUCAUCUGCAGCACCAUCUUCCAGUCGUGCGCCGCCUCCACCUGCUGCCCAAGGAGCGAGUGCUUUCCCUGCUCUUCCCGCAGCACCGAAGCCCAAUGUUCUCAUGGCUGGUUUGACCCGCGGUACUGUCCGCUGGAACGAUAACCGUGGCUCUGCCCCCAAUGCGUGGGGCUCGAACCCGAGCUCUGGUACCUCUACUCCUGCCGAGCCUAGCAAUGACGCUGAGUCAAGUGGCAAGAAGGGGAAGAAGAAUAAGGGAAAGCAGACCCUGUUCCACUUCGGUUAA